GCCCUAUCCCCUGACCUUGAGUUUCUUCAGGGACUCCAGGACAUCCAGCUCAUACCUCAGUUCUUGAGAUUUCACUCCCCAAAAGCUGCGUUGAUUUUUUUCCACACAAUCCCCAUCUCUGGAGGUAUUUAAGAACAUGUAGACAUGGAAAUACGGGAUGUGGUUUGGUGACAGGACUGAGUCGGUCUUGGACUGCAGUGGAUGUUCCCAGUAAUUAAAGCUUUUACAAAAAAAUCUAGAAGGAGCGUGCUGCCACAUCUGUGGUUGUGAGGUAGCAAACCCAAGGCCAAUGGGGAAAAAGAAAUGAGAGGCAUGGAGGAGAGAGGUGAAGAAGGAAGGGUUGUGGAUGGAUGGGGAUGAAUGCAUUGCAGAACAAAGACAGGCAGAAGAGGCUGGUUACCUCUAAGCAAGCAGCAGGGCUAAGUAAUCACAGAAUCACAGAAUUGUAGGGGUUGGAAGGGACCUCCUGAGAUCAUCGAGUCCAACCCCCUGCCAAAGCAGGUUCCCUACAGCAGGUCGCACAGGUCGGCAUCCAGGCAGGUCUUGAACAUCUCCAGAGAAGGAGACUCCACCACCUCCCUGGACAGCCUGUUCCAGUGCUCCGUCACCUCACUGUAAAGAAGUUCUUGCGCAUGUUUGUGUGGAACUUCCUAUGCUGCAGUUUCCAGCCGUUUCCCCUUGUCCUGUCUCCACUCACCACUGAAAACAGUCCAGCCUCGCCAUUCUGCCCCCCACACCUUAGAUAUUUAUAGACCUGGAUCAGGUCCCCUCUCAGUCUCCUUUUCUCAAGGCUGAACAGACCCAGUUCACUCAGCCUUUCCUCAUAGGGGAGAUGCUCCAGGCCCUUCACCAUCUUCGUGGCCCUCUGCUGGACUCUUUCCAAAAGAUCCCUGUCUUUUUUUGUACUGGGGAGCCCAGAACUGGAUGCAGUGCUCCAGAUGAGGUCUUACCAGGGCAGAGCAGAGGGGGAGGAUCACCUCCUUUGACCUGCUGGCCACGCUCUUCUUAAUGCACCCCAGGAUGCCAUUGGCCUUUUUGGCCACAAGGGCACACUGCUGGCUCAUGGCCAACCUGUCGUCCACCAGGACACCCAGGUCCCUCUCCAGCUCCCCUCCAGCAGCUCAUCCCCCAACCUGUACUGGUGCAUGCAAUUAUUCCUCCCCAGAUGCAAGACUCUACACUUGCUUUUGUUAAACCUCAUCCGGUUUCUUUCUGCCCAGCUCUCCAGCCUAUCCAGGUCUUGCUGAAUGGCAACACAGCCUUCAGGCUGUCAGCCAAUCCUCCCAACUUCGUAUCAUCAGCAAACUUGCUGAGGGUGGCCAUUAUCCCCUCAUCAAGGUCAUUGAUGAAGAUGUUGAACAAGGACCCAGCACCGACCCCUGAGGAACACCGCUGGUUACAGGCCUCCAGCCAGACUCUGCACCACCAACGACGACCCUCUGUGCUCUGCCAGUCAGCCAGUUCUCAACCCACCCCACUGUCCACUCAUCUAUCCCACACUUCCUCAGCUUUGUUAUAAGGAUGUCGUGGGGGACAGUAUCAAAAGCCUUGCUGAAAUCAAGGUAGACUACAUCCACUGCUCUCCCCCCCAUCCACCCAGCCAGAGACAACAUCAUAGAAGGCUACCAGGUUGGUCAAGCACGACCUCCCCCUGGUGAACCCGUGCUGACUGCUCCUGAUAACCUCCCAAGUAAGCCCAGUAUGUCUCGCCUCCUUACAAAUCCUAAUUCAGCUUUUUUCAGGGGUGGUGUCAGCGCUGCAGUGACUCCAGGAAAGGCAAAAUGAAGGCAGGGCGGUCAUGCUGAGCUCACGUUUCCUCUUGCACCACUAUGAGAGGUUCGUUCCUAGAAGCCUGAGUCAAACUUCUGGCACAAUGGGAACUGCCCGCCGUGGAGCAGCAGCUCUUCCAGCCUGGGAUGGACCAUUCAGCAGUGUCAGACGCGGGAUCACAACAGACAGCCACUUGCCCUGUGCAGCUUCAAAGCUGGCAACAACAACAGCUACAGCCUUGCUGGGUGGCCAAGAUUACACUGCCAAUUCAAGUGACUACCCCUAUGAGUACCUGAAUGAGGAAGACUACGUGCUUUAUGGCCUUUGCACCAAAGAAGAAGUGGUGUCCUUUGGAAAAGCAUUCUUGCCAGCUUUUUACAGCAUGGUUUUCCUGGUUGGGUUCAUUGGGAACGCUCUUCUGUUUACUGUCCUCAUGUAUGUCAGUAAGCAAAAGAAGACAGCAGAGGUGUAUCUGCUGAACCUGGUGGUUUCAGAUUUUCUCUUGCUGCUAACCCUUCCUUUCUGGGCCCUGUUCAUUUCUCAGUGGGUGACCUGGGAUCUGUUGUGCCCAGUCUUAAAUGCCAUGUACAUCAUGAAUUUCUACAGCGGUAUCUUUUUUGUAAGCUGCAUGAGUCUGGACACGUAUCUGCAGGUAGUUCAUGCCUACUCUCCUCACAGCUCUGUGACACGGAAGAAGUCCUUCCUCGUCUUGUUGGUGUUGUGGGUCCUCUCCAUACUCCUCUCCAUUCCCGAUGCCCUCUUCAGCAGCACGAAGGAAAUGCACAACAAAACCAUCAUGUGCACACAUGAUUACGGCCAGAAACACUUCUUUUGGAAAGUUGUCUUUCAGGUCACUCAAAAUAUCCUGGGUUUCCUUUUGCCUUUCUUCUUCAUGGUGUUCUGCUAUUCCCGCAGCGUGUGUGCCCUCACCACGUCUCGGGUGCCUGGCUCGAGGAGAGCACUGCUCUUUGUCUUUACUCUGGUGGCUGUCUUCUUUAUCCUGUGGUUCCCUUACAACAUUGUCCUCGUCCUUCACUCCUUGCAGUACGUUGGUUUGAUUCAGAGCUGUGAGAGGAGUAGGCAACUGGACUAUGCCAUGCAGAUCACAGAGAGCUUGUCCUUUGUCCACUGCUGCCUCAACCCUGUGCUCUACGCUUUUAUGAAGAAACGAUUCAGGUUGUACCUACAGAAGAUCCCCCAGGCUUUCUGUAGGAAGGGCACUUUCGACAUCCAGCUCUCAGAAACAAGCUGCUCUUGCAGCAGAUACACCGCUCAGAUAGAAAUGUUGAGCGUCACCAACACAUGAUAAAUUCUUUCUGGCUUUUGCCACGGGGCACUGUGCUCAGCCAGGCUCACCCCUUAGCCUACCAGGAGAGACAACAGGAAGAACAGGCAGUUUUAAGUGGGUCUGAACCACACUGAAGUGUACUGAGCAGGACACUGUGUCUACCCAAGGGAUGGAUCCUUGGUCUGUGAUCAGUUUGAUCAUCACAGCACCAGAAUUCAGACCAGUAACUAUCAGUAAGAGAGAGAGAAAAAAAAAACCACAAAAUGAAAAAGCUCAACAGAGACCAUCAUUAACAGACAUCAGUUUAACCUCUCUACAGAGUGGCAGCAUGGCCUUAAACAGAAGAGCAUGGAUAGCUAUUAGCCAAUUCUUAUGACUGAUGUGGUUUUACAGUUCAAGGUUACUAGUUUGUUGAUCUUUAUUUAAAAGGUGCUGUUCACCCCAAAUGUUUUUGAACUUUAGCUGGGCUUUUUCCAGCCUAGAAAUCAAUUCAGCAUGUAAAUUGGCUAGAACUGUGCAAAUAAAGUUUAUACCUUCAGAGCACAUACUCAUCACCUUCUUGAUGUCAUUGCUAGACAGUGUUACUGAUAGAACUGAGAAGGGUUUUCAGUUGAACGAAAAACAUGCAUUUGUUUUCACUGCCAUUAUUGCCAUCAUCACUGCUGUGUGUUUCCAAAAUGGUAAAGCUAGGAGCUUCACUUAAAAAAACACCAAAGCAAAUAUGAAGGUGAUGCUACGCUGUGAUCUUUGCUACAUGGGUCAGGUCUGCGGCAGGGGUGUGGAAGGGAAGAACAGCUGGGAAACAAAUCUGAGAUAGACAGAGAUCUUCAUCUCCUGAUCUACCCAGGGAGGGCCCUUGGGACUGUAAAGAGCUUUUGAUGGGAUGCUUAGGGGAAGAGGUGAAGGUAAAGAAAACAAGGGGUGAACUGGGGAGGAACGAGGGUGGGAAAAUAGGGAGCGGGUUGAAGCAGCUUGCCCUGUGCAUGGUCAUCUCCUUACUAAAUCCUUUUCCCUAACUCUCUCACCACUUAAUGCCCCUUUAUCCCACUUGACGCUGCUGCAAGGUCCACAUGCCAGCAGCUGGAUGCCCAGUAGUGCUGCACUGGGCACAAGGGACAAGGUUCCUGGGGUCCCCCCACCCCAACGGGAGACAUUGAGGACCAGAAGGCAACAUGAGUGGAGCUGUUGCAGACCUUUCCUUCUGUUGGCGUUUGAGACCAAAGUAGCUCCACUCUGUCUCCGGCUUGAUCCCAAUUCCAGCAGCACUUCAAACAUCUGUUCCUCCUCUCUUUUUUCCACCCUGCACUGCAUAUCUGUAGCUGAGUGUUAAAUGCAGAAAUUGCUGAGGGGAAUUCUCCAAAGACCCUUUUUCAAAACAGUGCAGCCCAGAAAAGAGGUUUGGCUUAUACUGCUGCAGAGCUCACGCUUACACCCAUCCACUUUAUGCGGCAGCCUGUUGACUGCAGUGGACUCUAACCUACCUUUCACUUUAAAAAUC